AAAAAGAACUACACAGCUACGAAAUAUUUCCCCACUUCCCAGCUCUGGGGUGAGAUGGCGACUUUUUUGCAAGGCUGCCGUGCCUUUGCGUCGUGAACACCUCUGGAAUCGCACGGGAUCUCUCACACAGGGAUUAUCCACUUAACACCUUUUUCUCAGGACACAAAAACCGGCGGCUUUGCUCGCUCGGGUCCGAUGAGCGAUCGGGAAAAAAUGCAAGAGGAGGAGCAACACCCUGAGAAAUCAUUUCCCGAGCGCUCGCGUGAUUCAGGUGUUUCGAAACUUAUUUGGUCACUUGAGCGGUGAGCGAAAAUAACGAGUGGCUAAAAACUAAAAGGAAGGGGAACAGUGAAAGCCAAUUCGGCUUCUCGGGCAAACCAAGGCGGGCAGGAGAACUUAACGAGAACAUUUCGAUCGAAUGAACGCGCGAACUCCGCACGGACGGGGCCAGCGCUGGGACAGCCCCAGGUCCUCCUCUUCCUCCUCAUCCCGCCCGGUCUAGCCCUCUAUAAAAGCUCCAGCCUGGGCCCUCCCCACACAUUUUCCUCCAGGCUCUGGGGAGAGGCGGUUGUCUCAGAGCCGUGUCCAGGCCUGGCCCGCGCUCCGCCCGCUCCGUGCCCGCUCCGUGCCCACUCCGUGCCCGCUCCGUGCCCGCUCCUCGCCCUGCGGCGUUGCAUGCUCCACUGAAGAUGCGCCGGCCCCGACAGCGCUGCCUCCCUGUGCUGCUGCUGGUCACGGCGUCUGCUUUUGGAGCCAGUGCUGUCACCUUCAGGAGGAGGGAUCUCACCUGGCGAGGGGAAGAUGGUUACUACAGGAAAAGCGAUGGUGUCUAUUGCCAGAAGUGCCCUGCAGGCACCUACAUUGCAGAGGAGUGUAAGGAGCAGAACGGCUCUGGCAGGUGUGAGCCCUGCAGACCUGGGGAAUACAUGGAAUAUCCAAACGCCUUCCAGUGGUGCCAGGACUGCUCGGAGUGCAGGGAAGAUCAGGUGAAGCAGAGUCCCUGCCAGCCCCUCAGGAACACGGUGUGUGUCUGCAAGAACGGCACCUUCUGCCCCCCGGAGCACCCCUGCGAGAUGUGCCAGAAGUGCCAGCCCAGGUGUCCCGAGGGUCAAGUGGAGCUGAAACACUGCACACCUAACAGUGACCUCCUGUGUGGUCCUGGCGCGGACACCUGGCCCUCCUACAUCAAGGCCAUCAGCAUCAUCACAGUGAUUGGUGUGAUCCUGGUUGUGUUCUGCUGCUGGAAACGCCUCUGUAGUUCCCCAGGGGAUGGGAGACCCUCGAGCAGGAGGCCCUAUAAAAUAGUGAGCUCCAUGUUUAGGAAGCUGCUGUCGUGCAAGGAGGUGAGUUCAGAGGACAACACACCUGUAGAGAGGCGUCAGCCUCACACACCAGCAGAGAUACAGGAGAUGCUGCCAAAUGAGAAGCCCAUGAAUGAGAAACCCAUGAGGCGUCUGGUUCCAGCACCGGGGCAGGAACCCAGUGAUGCGCUGCGGAGCACCUUUUACAUCUUCGCUGGGAAGAUCCCCAUGGACUACUGGAUGAAAUUCGGCCACAGCCUGAACCUGGAGGACAACGACAUCAACAUGGCCAAGUCGGACGAUGGCUUCUACAACAUGAUGCGCAAGUGGCAGAACAGGGAGGGCUCCAAGGCCUCUGUGAACACGCUGCUGGAGACCCUGGUCCGGCUCAACCUCGGCGGGGUGGCAGAGGACAUGUCCUCCAGACUCCUCAAGAAUGGUUUUCAGUAUGAAAUAAGCUGAAGGGAGCAGGGCACACGCUGCAACUCCCUCCUUCAAGCUACAGCUGUGAAAUACCUCACAGAACAUUUCGAUUUUAGCUGUUUGUAGCACUCCUGUGGCUGCUCUCCUUUUGAAGCCAUCACGAGCUCAGCUGAGCUAGGAGGAGCUGAUCCUCAUGUGAAGUAUUAGCCUCAGGGUCCUCUCUGCUGGAAUUACAGGUUCGGUGUUGUUGCUUCCUCGUGGAAUCCGAGCUGGUUUCUUGAUUUCACUGGGACAACACCAAGAGUUUAAAAUAAUUUCAAUCUGCUUCCUCGAUCAUCUCGCUUGGAAGCACUGGUACUACCCAGAUUUCUUUGGGAUCAGUGCAGAGAAGGGCUUUUGGCACCCCUGUGCUUUUGAACUGGAUCAUCCUUGAUUCUCAAAGGAUUCCUGGCAUCAUGAAAUGGCUUCUGCUUUUAGAACAUCUCUGAGUAAGCUUCGUUCUGCAUGCUUGGUGGUUCUGCAAGCUCAGUUGGGGUCUUGGGUUACUUUUUGUGUACUGAAUUUUUGUUUUGUUUUGUUUUACAUCGUUCUGCUUGUUUUUAGGAGGCAGUUUAAAACUGCACUUGGAGGGGGCAGGAGGAAUGAUUGACUUGCACUGUGAACACUGGGGAAGUGCCUGGGGAAAGGGACAAUGUAGGGGUCACCCAGCCCAGCCCCCUGCCAGGACCAAGGACAUCUUCCACUCCACCAGGCUGCGCCAAACCCCAUCCAACCUGACCUUGAAUGUUUGCCAGGAUGGGGCAGCUUAUCUGGGCAGCCUUUCUGCCAGUGUUUACCAACCCUCAUUGUGAAACACUUCUUCCUGAUAGCUCAUCUAAUGUGAUCUGCAUUCGGUUUAAAACCAUUCCCGUGUCCUGGCACUCCAGGCCCUUAUCCAGAGUCCCUCUCCCCCUCUCCUGGAGCCCCUUUAGGUACUGGAAGGGGCUUGAAGGUGUCCCAGAGCCUUCUCUUCUCCAGGCUGGACAAUCUCAGCUCUCCCAGCCUGGCUCCAGAGGGCUUGAACCCUCAGAGCAGCCCCGUGGCCUCCUCUGGAUUUGCUCCAACACCUCAGAGGCCCCAGAGCUGCAGGUGGAGUCUCCCCAGAGCUGAGGAGAAGGGAAAAAUCCCCUGCUGGGCCCAGGUUAGCCCCGUGGCCGUGGGGUGGCUCUGCUGUCCCUGUGUGCCCCAGCAUGGAGGGGUGAAUGCACUGAGUGUGAGUGUGACCGUGGUACUCCCUGCCCAUCCCAGCCCGUGGGCAGCUCCCCAAACACUGAGCCUCACACAGAGCUCAGGGACAACCUAGCUGCAAAACCAACUGGGAAAACUACUGGAUUACUUGAGUUGCCACCCCAGUCCACCAGGACUUUCCCCAGUGAGGUGAGAAGGUGCUCAGCACCCUUCCUGCUGCUCUCCUUCUCCUCCACCCUCCAAUACUGCAUCCGCAAGCAGAAAUUUUGUACUUAUUUAUUUAGCAAUUGUAAAUAUUACAUGUAUUAACUGAAAAGCAAUAUAAAAAUAUUGGUUUUUUUCUUAUGCAUGAUUGUGUGUUUUUUACAGAGCUCUGGCCCAGCCAGUUUGCUAUUUUUCCACAUUUGUACAUUUCUCGUUUGUACAUUUCUUUUGUACAUUCCGUUUUGUACAUUUGUUCAUGAAGGGUUAACUAUUUAAAAAAAAAAUCCUCUUGAUUUUUUCAUCUGGUUUGAUUUGUUUUGCCCCCAGAACUCUGGUGAGGGCCUGUCCAGGGUCUCACUGGACACCAAGGUCCAGGGUCCCAGUGGACACCAGUUGCUCCAUGUGGCACUGAGGACUCAGCCCAUGGAAUUAAUGCUCAGCUGUGGAUAUUCUCAAUUCAGUCAGAGAGAAAAGGAGAGAUUUCUACCAGGCUAAGCCUGGGAAAGAGUCCAAAAGGAAUGUAAACAAUUUAUUACCUCUCUGCUGUUCAUAUUGUUUAUAGAUAUGUGCUGCCACCGUGUGCUAUCCAUAGUGCACCAGUGGUGUGAGAUGUUUUUACUGUAGGACCAGUGAAGCUGGUCCUCACGAUGUGCUCUAUAAAGAGCGAUGUACUUGUUAAUAAAUCGUUUAUUCUUGCCUUCUGA